AUGGCGUCCAGAAGCAGUGUCAGCGAGCGGACGGAAUCCGUCUCCUCCCAUAGCUACAAAAAGUCCCUCUCGAGUAAGGCCGACCCCAAUGCGGCCCUCAGAGAAGACCAGCCGAUUGCCAAUGCGAUCGGUGGUACAUCCUUGUUCUCUUUACGGUCAAUGCAGCAUCGCGAUGCAAAGGGCGAGAUCAUCACCGACCCGGAUCGAUCUAAUCCGACUCGUCCCCGUCUGGAACGUCCGCUAGAUACCAUCCGUGGAUUUGAGGCGGCUAUCGAGGCCCGACGACGGGAGAAUGCCAUGUAA